AUGCUUCAAGACUCCGAAGGGAGAUAUCAACUCUUAGAAAAGGUAGCACUCAGUUUGGUCCACACAGCACGACGUCUCCAACAAUACUUUCAUAGCCAUAAGAUUAUUGUGCGCACUGAUUGUCCAAUCGCCAAGGUUUUGCGGAAACCCGAGUUGGCAGGAUGCAUGAUGGCUUGGUCAAUCAAAUUAUCUGAGUUUGAUAUAUCAUUCGAACCAAGAGGCCCGAUCAAGUCACAAUGUUUGGUCGAUUUCAUCAAUGAAUUACAGCCAGUCAGCCACUUUGAGAGUAAUCAAUGGACGAUCCGUGUUGAUGGUUCGUCUAACAAUCAAGGCAGUGGGGCUGGAAUAAUUCUCGAAGGGCCGACAGGCUUGGCGCUUGAGCAAUCACUCCAUUUUGCAUUCAAAGCCUACAAUAACCAGGCCGAGUACGAAGCAUUGUUGGUGGGGUUAAGGCUGGCCCGAGAAGUCAGCGUUCAGAAGCUUAUCUGUUGGACCGAUUCGAAAGUCGUCUCGGAACAAGUAAAUGAGAACUUUCAGGUUAAAGACGCCCACUUUUUGAAAUAUUAUCAUACUUUCCGAAAUAUGUGCCGGUAUUUCGAUGAAGUAGUCGUGAAGCACACCCCCCGUGAAAAUAAUGAAAGAGCCGAUCAGUUAGCCCGAUUGGCAACUAGCAGUUGCAAACCUGGACAACUCCGAACCACCCUUCAUCUUGAGCUCUCCACACCAAGUGUCGACACCACUGAUUGUUUAGCAAUUUUCGAACAACCAGCAACAUGGAUGACUGACAUCAUACGCUUUAUCACUGAAGGCACUAAACCAACAUGCCCCUCGGCAGCCAAAAAGCUUAGAACUCAAGCUGCGAGAUAUUCAGUGGUGGGAGGAGAACUCUAUCGAAGAGGUUUUUCAUCUCCACUACUCAAAUGUCUCGACUCCGAACAAGCCAAUCAUGUGUUGAGGGAAGUUCAUGAAGGGAUCUGUGGUUCUCACUCGGGAGGCAGAACGUUAGCAGAAAAGACAUGGCAACUUAAUAUAUGCGUCAACCGAGCAGUUGCACAGCAUCAGUUCGCCUUGGUCGUUUGCCCUAUGGGGAAUGGAUAUACUAGGUCCUUUUCCUAUUGCCAAAGAGCAGUGAAGGUUCUUGCUGACCAGAAACUUAACAAAUUUCUCCAAGAUUUGGGAAUUAAGUACCGAUUUACAUCGGUCGAACAUCCGCAAGAAAAUGGUCAGGCCGAAGUUGCCAACAAAGUGAUUCUCUCAGAAUUAAAGAAACGUUUAGGAGAUGCCAAAGGGGUCUGGGCAGAAGAGCUUUUGGAAGUCCUAUGGGCUUAUCGUUGCACCCCCCAAUCCAUAACACAAGAAACACCAUUCCGAUUGACGUGUGGUUCGGACGCGAUGAUUCUGGUUGAAGUUGGUGAGCCGUCAUUUCACCGUGCGCAUUUUGAUGAAGCCUCCAAUGACAUGUCACUUCGGGCUGAAGUUGAUAUGAUCGAUGAGGCGCGCGAUCGGGCUCAACUUGUCGCCGAGGCGUGCAAACAAAGAAUGAGUUGGAGACAUAAUUCCAACCUCAUGAGGCGAGAAUUCAAGGAAGGAGACUUGGUAUGGAGAGCGCAAGGAUCAGCAAGAUGCAACCCCCACGAAGGCAAGCUAGCGGCUAACUGGGAUGGCCCGUUUCGGAUUCGACACAACCUACAAAAUGGAGCGUAUAAAUUGGAAGAGCUGUCGGGAAAAAUCAUUCCUCGGACUUGGAACUCGACUCAUUUGAAGAUGUACUUUAGCUAG